UUGGAAUGUUCUUUUGGAAUGGGCACUAACUAAAAUGACUUUUUUCACAAAAAUCAAAGUUUCUUUUUAAAUUUAAACAUUGUAUUUGAAAGAGCCAGUCAAAACAUUGUUCAUUAGACCUCUUGCUUCAUUGGUAAGCUUACUUAUAACUGCUUUAUCACCCUUAUUAGUGAUGAAUGAAAUUUACUAUUCCAUGCUCACUUACCAUACAAUUUCUCUGACAUGCUUCAUAUAACACUCUGCCCCGCCCACUUAAAAAAAUCUUACAGCAAUCAAUACUAUUGUUAUAUGUCAACUAGUAUUGUAGCCACAAUGUAAGAUCAGUUAUUGUGAUUGGCUGUAAAAACGGCUCAGGUCACGUGUUCAGCGUACGCUCUUAAAAGUUCCGCCUGGGUUCGUUAGUAGCGGACGUUAGCCUUUUGUGAAUAUUUAUGUUCUGUAAAUUUAUAUUUUAUUAAUUUUAUUAGAAACUGUUUCCCCGGUGUUGUACGCAAUGAAUGUGAGCUGGAUUUUCUUCACCUUCCUGCUUCUGAUACACACAGUGCUGGUGCAGAGUGUUGAAGGUUUUAUAGGAGAAUCCGUGAUCUUACCGUGUACGUUCGCACAGAAUCCGCCGGUUGUCUUUUGGCGAGACGAAGGCACCAGGACAGUGUGUGACAUCAGUGGUGGUGAAGCCAGUUUCGAUGAGCAGCAUUCAAACUAUAAACACAGAGUUCAAAUAUUUCCAUCAAAAAUUAAGGAGGGGAAUUUUUCCAUCAAGCUGAGCAACUUGCAGCACUCUGAUGGAGGAACGUACACCUGCACCGACCCAAGCAAAGGUCUUGACCAGCAAGUGCAACUGAAGGUUGAAGAGAAACCAACCACACCAGAGGGAAAGGGGAGACGAGUCACACCAGAAAGUACUUCCACACCAAGAAACGGUGAUUCCCCGAGACGUGCAGACGAUCUGUUAACGUUCCUGCUGGGAUGUGCUCUGCUCUACAGCUUAACCUUCUGAAGAAAACCGCAAGCUCCGUGUGUGCAUUAUCUUCACAUACAGGCAUCACAGCAAUGUCUUUUACAGAUUUCUGCUCGGUUUAUAAUGUGUGUAUUUGUUUUGCAGAGUUUUGCGGUGUAGUACCCAGUGUCUCCAAAAAGUAGAAUGUCAUCAGCUGUGCAGAAGGUCAUUGUGUUGUGUUAUAGCUUUAGAAACACUUUACUCAGCACAUUACUGUAUUUACUCUCAUACACUCCUUCUUCUAUCCAUUUUGAUGGGUCACAAUUUUGACACAGGGCCACAAAACUAUAUUUUAUACAGGAACAGUGUGCUUCAUUGACAUUGCACUUAUACUAUAUCUAUAUAUCUAUACACACGUGUGUGUGUGUGUGUGUGUGUGUGUGUGUGUGUGUGUGUGUGUGUGUGUAAAGUAGCAUAGAUAAUUCUCAGGCUAGCUUGUUUGCUUUAUUCACUUUGACCAUCAGAAACAAAACUACAGCAAGGUCCAUAAAUAUUUGGACAGAUUUAUUGUUUCAAUUUUUUUUUUUUUUUUUAAAGCUGUCUACUACUGCAUACUGGAGUUGAAAUUAAAUAAUGAAUAUGAGCUGAAGACUUCCAGUUUUAAUUUGAGUGUAUUUAAAUCCAAAUCAGGUGAACAGUGUAGCACCUUUUCUAUGUGCCCCACCAUUUAAAGGGACCCAAAGUAAUUGGACAAACUAACACUCACAGGUUUUCAUUUUUAAUACCCUUUGCAAAUCCUUUGUUGUCAAUGACUGCUUGAAGUAUGGAACAUGUAGACAUCACCAGAAGCUGCAUUUCUUCCCUGGUGAUGAUCUUACAGACCUUUACUUCAGCUGUCUUCACUUCCUGCUUGUUCUUGAGGUGUUUUGCCCUCAGUAAGGGAAAUGCAUCUCAGUUGGUUUCAGAUCAGGUGAUUGACUUGGCCUUUAUAGAACAUUACACUUUUUUGCUUUAAGAAAAAGUCUCACGCUGAUGUUGAAGUAUGCUUCAGGUUGUUGUCCAUAUGCACUAUAAACUUUUUGAAGCAUUCCAAUUCAGAAGGCUGAAUGUGAGCAGAUAAUGUAGCCCUGUACACUUCACAAUUCAUCCUGCUGUUUUUAUCAGCAGUCACAUCAAUAAAUACAAGAGAACCAGUUCCAGUGGCUGCCAUACAUGCCCACACCAUAAGAUCAGGUGGUAAGUUUCAUAUCAUUAGCAGUUCCUUCCCUUCUCCAUACUCUUCUCUUCACAUCAUCCUGCUACAAGUUCCUCUCAUCCGUGUACAGGAUGAUGUUUCUGAACUGUCCAGGCUUUUUCUCCUGGUCUUCCUUUUUGUGAGGCUUACCAAUGAUGUACAUCUUGUAGUAACCCCUCUGUAUUUACUCUGGUGAAGGCUUAUCUAGAUUGUUGACUUUGACACAGAUACGCCUACCUCCUGGAGGAUGUUCUUCUUCUGGCUGGUUUUUGUGAAGUAUUUUUUCUUCACCAGGGAAAAUAUAUCGUCAUCCACCACAGUUGUUUUAGUGGUCUUCUGAGCCUUUUGGUGUUCUGAAGCUCACCAGUGCACCCUUCCUUUUUUAUGAAUAACACUUCCAACCAUUAAAUAGCUAAGUGUCCGAUUACUUUUGGUCACCACAUUAAAAAGUGCUGUUUUAUAAUAAAUUCAUCAAUGUUCAAAUAUUUAUGGAUUUUAAAAACAGGAAAGGAACUUCUAGCUCCGAGACGAGACGAAGAUAAUUCGACCCAAAUUUAGAGCAACAAAUUGGGACAGGAAGCAACUAUUGAACCGACUCUAUAACGACUGUUGAAGCGUCCUUAUGUACAAUGUUGUACUAAUUAUAAUUCUCAGCAGUUGUUUAUACGGAUGAGGAGUUUUCAUGAUGAAGUAUGAGACAUUUUAUUAUUCUGGUAUUGUACAUUUCAUUUAAAAAGGUGUUAAAUUUGCUUUUUAGCCAUUACUCUACAUACACUAAUCCAUAAAGACACAGAAAAACAUGAUUUUUAAAAAUAUUUUUGCAAAUUUGAUAAAAAUCAAAACUGGAAUCUCUCGUGUAGAGAAGUAUACACACCCUUUAUGCAGCAAUGACAGCUUCUAGUGUUCUUGGGAAAAAGUCGGUUUCUCCCAUUCUUCCGGUCAGAUUCUCUUAAGGACUCCAGUCAAGUUCUAAAGACAUCUCAAGAUAAUCAAACCAACCAGGAUGCACCUGAACUCAGUUUGGAGCGUUUAGACACAUCAUACGUCUGUCAUUAUGGAUUACUGUGUGUAGAUUAAUGUCCAAAAAAUCUCAAUUUAAUCCGUUAUAAUUUAGAGAAUUGUGUAAAAGUGUUUACCCUCUGUUUGUAUCUUACUGCCUCGGUCCAAUGAUUUUGUUUUUUGCUUCAUGCUAUUUAUUUCAUUUUGUAUUUCUAUAAAAUAUAGAUGUGUUCAGAAGGACAUUUUGAUGGCUGUCAGAAAACAGGAACCACAUAGCAUGCACAAAUUUACAUAUACAUGCAGAUUUACAUUGGAAACAUUAUGUUCUAAUAAAACUGUGUAGUGUA